AUGGCGAAGUGGGGUGAGGGUGACCCGCGAUGGAUUGUGGAAGAACGUCCGGAUGCCGUCAACGUCAACAACUGGCAUUGGACAGAAAAAAAUGCAACGCCUUGGUCAAAACAGCGCCUGAAAGAACUGCUAGAAGGGCAGAAGUAUGAAAAUGGCUCUACUGUCGUCAUAUUUAAAGAGCUUAAAAAAUUAGACGGUGAAGCGACGGCAAACAAUCGGAAAGCAAAAUUAAUUUUCCUCUUUGAGUGGCUCAUUGAAUUAAGUUUUGAAGUAAAAGUUGCUGGUUCGGACAUCGAUUAUGAAGGACAUGUUGAAAUACCGAAUUUAAGCGAUGAAAAUGAAGCUGAUGAAGUGGUUAUAACUCCAUCAGUAACAACUAGUGGACCUCAUGAAGACCGAAUAAGACAUCUUCUAAAUAAUGAGGUGGCUAUAUUUUUACGUAAACAGUUAGCUGUUUAUAUUCGAGAAUUGAAGGAAGAAUUCAGCAAAGGCUUGAUAUUACCAACUGAUCGUGCGAAAGCACAAGUGGUUUCGAAGGGAAAAACAACAAUUGGAAAGCAGCAUGUUGAUAAGAGGGCAUUCCAGAAUCAUGUGGUGACCAGUGCUGACAACGAUCUCAUAAAAUCUGCGCCAGUCAGCGUCGAUGUUAAAAGCUUGUCGUUUGUGGAGUCAUUCAAAGUUCAGCCAGAUCAGUUGUGGGAAGUACUCACAGAAGCUAAAAUGGUGAAGAAAUGGUCUAACAACGAUGCAGAGCUUGAUCUCAAACCUCAUGGCGUUUUUACAUUAUUUGGUGGCAUGGUUACGGGUGAAUUCGUUAAAAUUGAGCCCUGUAAGGAACUUGCAAUGAAAUGGCGCUUAAAAACUUAUCCAGCAGGAUGUUUUGCAGAUGUUACCUUUAGAUUAAAAGAUGAGAAAGAUAGUACAACACUAGAAGUGGAUGUAAAAGGUAUCCCAGCGACAGAAUAUGACGGUACUGAGAACGGUUUGCAUCGUUUUUAUAUACAGAACAUAAUGAGGACAUUUGGAUUUGGAGCGCAUAUUUUCUGA